AGCAAAAGAGGAAAGAUGAUAGGCUUAACUUCCAUCGCCAUUAACAGACCACUCAUUCUCUCCUCUCUAUCAGAUAAAACCAAUCCAGAUACUAAACCCCAAGUUCGCCGGAUCAACUCCGCGACACCACUACCACCGCCGUCAAUCCCGGCAGGAAAACAAGAGAAGAAACCCUCAGUUGCAGAAAUAGAACGAGCUAUUGGAGCAGGAAUUUUCAGAGAUCGUGACAUCAACAGUGAAUCUGAGCAAGAGAAAACGUUUUUUGAUUCAAUUUUGUCGAAUUCGAUUGGGAGAACGGAAGGGGAUGUGGAGAAGAAGCUUCGAGAGACUGGUGAAUGGAUAAUUGAUAAAACCGAAGGCCCAUCUCGCUCUACUGGGAAGAAUAUUCUAAAGGUGGUGUUCUUAUGGAUUCUUCCAUUGUGGAUCAUAUCGUUUCUUGUGGCUUCUGGGGUUGUAAAGCUCCCAAUCAUCUCCCCAUUUCUUGAUGAUCUGCUCAUGUGAAGUGAAACUCUUCAAUUUAUCAGUUGGAUGAUUCCAGUUUGCAGUUUGUUUCUUGGGUGUGAUCGCAAGAAAGAUUCUACGUUGGAUCCUUCAAGUCUAAUCAACCGACGAAAUCAAAGAAACCAAAGAACAUAAGUAUAUGUAUUCUAUCUCUCUAUAUUUCGUUUUUAUGUACUAGUUGCCUAGAUCUGAUGAACAUUGGUUCUUAAAUAGUUAUGUUUUUAUGUUGUUUUCUGUUAUCUCUUUCAUUGUCUAAGGACUCUCAUAACCUAACAAUUCCUUUUUCAUGAUGACCUAACUGAAAUGCACAUCCUAUGAAAAUUCUUAGAUGUUUUAACUUAUAUUAGUCAUGUUUUUUAUUGUUAAAAAAUUUAAAUAUAAAAUAUAUCAAGCAUAUUAUGCAAAAAUCCCA